UCUCUCCGACGCUGCUAGAGGUCUUCAAGCCUCGGUUUGCGGCGCUUCUGCCUCAGCCCGCGCCGGCUGAGGGCUCGCGGCUCCGGCUGCGAAGCCCGGCGCGUGUUGGCAGGCUCGGGGCUAGCGCCGCUGAGGCAGGCUGGGCCGACGGGCGGUUAGCGCCCCGUUCCACGCGGGGAGGGGCGGCACGCCGAGAGCUGCACGGCCUCCUCACCCGACGCGGGCGGCCGUGGCGACGGCGGCCGGGUUCUCGGGUUCUCUUCCUCAGGCCGGAGCCAGUCGGUGUCCCGGCGGAGCGACGGGCAGCCGGGCUCCCUUGCCCCGGGCCCCCCCUGGCUGGGGCGGCUGGGGCAGGGGGACCAUGUCUGCUCGCGCUCCAGUGCCCGCCGCUCACCCUCGGGAGGAGCCUCCCGCGGCAGCAGCUGAGAGGGAGUCGCUGGCGGCCGCGGCGAGCCGGCAGGCCGAGCAGCUACCCCCGCUCGAACGGGAGGGCAAGGAGACGGCGAGGGAGGAGAGGGCCGCGACCGCCACCAGCGCGGGGGCGCGGGGUGAGCCGUCGCCGGCGCCGGUGCUGGGACACAGCGUGCCUCAGGCGGCCGUGCCUGUGAAGCCCCUGGCGCUGCACCUGGCGCACAAGGCGCGCGGGCCAGGGGGGCCCUUCGGCGGGGAGCCGCCGCGACCGCUGCCGCCGGCCGAGAACGCCCGGGAGGAGGAGGUUGCGGCGGCCAGCUCUGAGGAAAAGCUGCAGCCGCAGCCGCCGCCACCGCCGAAGGAGAAUCCCUGGACCAGAAAGCCUCCCCAGCACCUGUCCCCCGCCGGGACGGGGCCGCUGCCGUUGCCCCCACUGGAAACCUUGGAGGCAGAGCUCAGUUCCCCCAAAAUUAUAAAAGCAGGAAAACUCAAGACAAAGAAAUCCAAUAAGGCUAGUGAUUUCAGCGAUAUGGCAAAUUGGCCAACACCAAGUGAAUUAGUGAACACUGAAUGUCAGAGUGUCAUCAGUCAAGGAAAUAAGAAGCCACAAAAUAGAAAAGAAAGAGAAGACAAGGUUGAAAAGAGAAGUGUUAACAAUGAAAACAGAGAAAACCGGGAAACAAAAUUAGAUGGUCCUGGUGAAAAUGUCAGUGAGGAUGAGGCUCAGUUAAGUAAUCAAAGAAAAAGAGCUAAUAAGCACAGAUGGGUACCACUCCACUUAGAAGAUGUAAGACCAGAGAGUCAAGAAAGACCAGGGUCCCGGAAUAGCUCAAGAUGUCAACUUGAAGCAAAUAAAUCAUCACAUAACAAUAGGAGAAAUGACACAAGAAGUUGGAGGCGUGAAAGAGAAAAGAGAGAUGAUCAAGAUGAAGUUUCCAGUGUGAGAAGUGAGGGUGGUAAUAUCCGAGGCUCCUUUAGAGGCCGAGGAAGAGGCCGAGGACGAGGAAGAGGCCGGGGCAGAGGAAAUCCUCGAUUGAACUUUGAUUAUUCAUAUGGUUAUCAAGAACAUGGUGAAAGGACUGAUCAACCAUUUCAAACAGAACUUAAUACCAGUAUGAUGUAUUACUAUGAUGAUGGUACAGGCGUACAGGUGUAUCCUGUGGAAGAAGCAUUGCUUAAAGAGUAUAUUAAGCGCCAAAUUGAGUAUUACUUCAGUAUAGAAAAUUUGGAACGGGAUUUCUUUCUUAGGAGAAAGAUGGAUGAGCAAGGUUUCUUGCCUAUUUCCCUGAUUGCUGGUUUCCACCGUGUUCAGGCUCUCACCACAAACCUUAAUCUCAUUUUGGAGGCACUGAAAGAUAGCACAGAAGUGGAAAUCGUGGAUGAGAAAAUGAGAAAAAAGAUAGAACCAGAAAAAUGGCCGAUUCCGGGCCCUCCUCCACGGAGUGUGCCACAAACAGACUUCUCUCAACUGAUUGAUUGCCCAGAGUUUGUACCAGGGCAAGCCUUUGGUUCACAUACAGAGUCUGCCCCAAAUUCUCCAAGAAUUGGAAGUCCACUGACCCCAAAGAAAAACGCAGAAACAAGUAAUCUUCAAGGAAUGUCUAGAGGUUUAUCUACCAGUUUGCCCAACUUGGAUUCAGAACCUUGGAUAGAAGUAAAAAAGAGACAUCAUCCAUCCCCAGUGAAACUGAAGGAACCACCAUCUCUUCCUGAAGAGGCAUCAAAUCAACUCUAUCUUCCAGAUGAACAAGAACAAGAAGAACUUGAUUUUUUCUUUGAUGAAGAGAUGGAACAAAUAGAAGGUCAAAAAAACACAUUUACUGAUUGGUCUGAUAAUGAUUCGGAUUAUGAAAUUGAUGAUCAAGAUUUAAAUAAGAUUUUGAUUGUAACUCAGACACCUCCUUACAUGAGAAAACAUCCUGGAGGAGAUCGAACAGGCAACCACAUGUCUCAAGCAAAAAUUACAUCUGAACUUGCUAAAGUUAUCAACGAUGGUUUAUAUUAUUAUGAGCAGGAUCUGUGGAUGGAGGAAGAUGAAAACAAACACACAGCCAUAAAGGUGAAAGUAAUAAGAAGCCCUUUUCUCAUUAGAAGAAAUAAAAACUAAAGUUAUGGACUGGCUUAGUUUAUAUGCUGUUUACAUACGUGGCUAUAGUCACUCCAGCCGUGUGAGCAGGGCUUCAGAAAGUAGUUACUUUGGUUGCCCUUUGUGUGCUUCUCACCUUAGUUUGUGGUGAGUGUUCUGUGACAGUGGAACUCCUUGUUGACAAGUAGACAAGAUUACACUGACUGUCUUUCCUUGUUGAUCAUUACUUUGUUGCAGGACCCUUUGUUUGAAAGUUUGCUCCAGUUUUUCAUCUUGAAUUUCACCCAACCUCUUGGUACCUACCCCAGUUACUAAGAUAAAACAUGAGAGUCUAGAGUAGUCUACUGGUUGUCUGCAUUCCUUUUAUAUGACUUUUAGUGGUAUAGAUAGGGAUUUAAAAGGAUCUUUUUCUGCCAUUAAAUUGAUUAGAAAAUUCCCCAAAAUUAAAUAUUUGUUUUGAGGUUAGAAUAAUGAGGGAAAUUUGUAUAAUAUGCCAAACAGGAAAGAGAUUUUAGAAAUAGAGUUUUAGACAGAAAAGCCAGCCAACUCAUGGUUGGACAGAAGGGACUGGCUGUCUAUGAAGCUUCAUAUCAUCAAGAAGUGUGCUUUCCUUCUCAGUUCUUCUUCCUGCAAUUUCCAUCACUGCUUUUAUCCUCUGUCUCGCCACUGCCUUUUUGAAGAUCCUGCCUCAGGAUAUGGUAGCUUGUCAGUAACUUGGAACCUGAGCAGUUCUCACAGUCCUACUGCUAUGGGAAAGGAAGUAUGUUUUUAUAAAGUUUCUUGGUUGAAAUCUUAACUUGUAUAAGAAUUGUUACAUUAUUUGUGAUACUUAGGUUCUGUAAGUAACAUCUAACUUAAAUCCUUUUGGGAACAGAAAGAGAUAGAAAGUAAACUUACCACAGGUUAAGAUUGCCCUACCUCCAUCCCCUGCUGCUCUAACCCUGCUGUUCUGUGUAUCGCACUUUUGAUCAUGCGAAUGUCAGAUCUGUGAGGAUAGGGAUUUUUGUCCUGUUUUUUGGAUAGCCUUAUCUCCAGUUUUAGCACAGUCAUUACAGUUCCUGACGCAAAGUAGUACUCCAUUCAUAUUUGUUAAAAUGGAUAAUGAAUUAUGAAUUAAAUGUUAUGAACUCACCAGAAGACCCUAACCUCUGUGUAUAAUGUUGGUUUUAAGAGAAGAUAUUUUCAGAGGUCCAGAUAAUGAAAUUUCAAGUCAUCUUGGAACAUAUGCUCUUGGUAGGUGACUGUUUGCUUGAAAGUGUAGACAACAGUAAUUAAAUUCAAUUACCUCAUCUGUUGCCUUAGCCAAAAAAUAUUGGUCCAGGGAAAAAAGUCUUGGCUAUUUGGUUCUUAAGCAUUAUGGGUUUGUUCAUAAUUAUGUCUUACCUAAUCCCUAUUGUUUAACUUAUUCCUCUUUUCUCUAAUUCUGUGCUCAGCAUAUACUUUCUCAUUAGAAUUGUACUUCUUCUGUGGGUCUGUAUAGAGGGAGAGAAAUUAAUUAUUUAAUUAUUUAUUACUCCUACUGUGUGUAUGUGACACCAUGUUAGGUACUGGGCAUGAAAUGGGAAGAUAACAGUAGGAUCUCUACAUGCUAUUCUUACAUAUACUUGGGACAAUAGACAUUAAAAUAAACCACAGUAAGUACCUGAUCACAAAUUAAGGUGCUGUUGAAUUGGGCUAUAAGGGAAUGCCUGUGAGAAAGUCACAGUUAUAGUGAGAUAGAAAGUAUAAGUAAAAAUGAACCAUGCAAAUAACAGAUAAACCAUAUUCUAGGAAAGGGGAAUAACGAGUGUCAAGGAUAGGAGAUGGGAAAGAAUUUGGUAUAUUUGAGGAACUAGAAACAGUGUUUAUAGUAUUUAUACAAGAGAACAGUUAUAGAUGUAAAUAUAGGCAUGUAUCUGAUCAUAGAAGGUAACAUGUGGGCCUUUGGAAUUUAACUAGGUAAAUUGGAAUUUACCUAAAGUUCAAAUGGAGUACCUUGAAGAAUUUUAUACAGGCGACAGCAUGUGAUCUAAUUUUUAUUUUAGAAAUACCAUUUUGGUUACUAUGGCAGAGAAUGGAUUAGAUGGGGAUAAGAGUGGCAGAUGAAAUUCAGCUGGGAGUCUAUUAAAGUAGUCCAGAAGGUGUAUGUUGGUAAUUUAAGAUAAAUUGGUGGCAAAGGAAGUAUAGAAAUUAGACGACCCAGGUCUGAAUCUUGAGGAAGGACCAUUUAGGAGUUGUAUAGGAAACUGGUGUUGUGGAAGCUUCAUGAGAGAAUAAUCAGAUGUGCUGGAAGCUGGAAAGACUGAGUUUAGGUAUGAAUGAAAAGAAUGCCAAAUUGGUAGGGUUGUUUGGUGAUCAUUUCUGACUUUGUGAAGGGAGUUUUGCUGAAUCCAUAAGCUAUGUUGAAGUGUAUGUACCAAAAAGUAGGUAUAGGCUUUCUGUUUCUGACAUGUCCUUAUUGCUAAAGACAGUUAAAAUGGCCUGCUAAUAAAUGAGAAAAUAUGAACUUAAAAUCCUUGCAGAUCUGAAAGGUAAGUUAUCAGAAUAAAACCAUAGAGGAGUGGAGGAUUAAAACCAGUUUUGCCUGGGAGAGCAUUUUGAAAUUUGGAUAGUUUGCGAAGUUCAGCUUUGCAAAAGCCACCCAAAAUAUAGAGUAAAAGACAAACCUGUGGCCUAGUCAGAGUCAGGGGUUCUAACAGGAGUCCCUUCCCCUGUUCAAUUGGUACCUGAAAAACUAUACCCUAGUGAAAGGGAAUGUAACUGCUUUCUCAUCUGCUUCUCUCGAGGACUACAAAGCAUAUUUCCUUAGUUGUGCUGAGCAAGGUAUCACAUGUGAGAAUGAACAGAAGUAGCAGACAAUAAGCCCAUACCCUGAAAAAAAUUUAGGUAGUAGAAUUAUUAAGCAUAGUAUAGAGUAACUAUGCUUACUAUGUUUAAAGAAUAUCUGCAGGGAAGAAGAAAUUCUAAAGAAUAACCUUUGUAGAACUUCUGGAAGUAAAAGCAGUUAGACUGAAAUUAAAAACUCAGUUAAUUAAAGGGAUUAACAGCAGAUUAGAUACAAUUAAAGAAUCAGUGAACUGGAAGAUAAGUUACAAGAAAGUAUUCAGAAAUCAACAAAGAGGUAAAAUGUAUGAAAGAGGGAAUAGAAUGGUAUUCUAGAAAGUUGUUGGUAUUAUUUGGUAUAUUUCAAAUCUAGUUGUGUAAAUUAACAUUUAAUGGAUUUUAUUUUUUUAAAUUUUUCUUCAUUUAUUUUUAUUAGUUGGAGGCUAAUUACUUUAUGAUAUUGUAGUGGGUUUUGUCAUACAUUGACAUGAAUCAGCCAUGGAGUUACAUGGAUUUUAUUAUAAAUCUUUUUAUUUUUGAGAAAAGUAAAAAGCAAGUGGAAUAUAGAGUGAAAAACAUGGUCUAAGAUAGAUAUUUAUUCAGAGUUUCAGAAGGAAAGAGAGUAAAUGGGACAGAGUCAGUGUUUUAAUAGGUAAUACCUAGGACAUUUUCUGAAGUGCAGAGAAGUACCAGAGUAGAGUAGCCAGGGACAGAGUGGUUAUUUUAAAGAAGAGUGGCUGGACAGCUAACUGACAGCUAACUUCUCACCAGUAACAUUUGAAUGCAACAGAUCAUGGAAUGAUGAUGUUAAUAUAGCAAGGGAAAAUAACUACCAACACAUAAUUGUAUGCCUUGCAAAAAUAUCUUUCAAGUAAGAGAGUGCAAUAUAAGAGAAAUUGCAAACAGCAGAACCUCAUCAAAGAAAUUUCCAAAAUUGAAAUAAAAGUGAUUCCAGAUGCCAGAGGUACAGAAAGGAGUAUAGAACAAAGCAAGUGAUAAAUAUGUAAAUAAACCUAAAUAAAUAUUAACUGUAUAAUAACUGUGUCUUAUAGAUUAACAUUAAUACAAACUGAGAGAGAGUACUUAAAGAUACUUUUGUGUCUGAAAAUAAGAUAAUUGAUUAUUUUUCAGUUUUAAAAAUUAUUUUUCAGUUUGGAGGAUACCCAUUUAAAAAUAAAUGUCUUAAUAGGCUGUUGGUUAGAAUGUAAUAUGGUUCAACUAUUUUGGAAAGCAAUUUGGCAGUUCUCAAAAUGUUAAACAGAGUUGUUAUAUGACCCAGGAAUUCUACUCCUAGGUAUAUACAUGAGAAAAAUGAAAAUAUACGUCCACACAAAACUUGUACACAAAUCUUCAUUCCAGCAUUAUGAAAGUGAAAAGAAGUCAAAUAUUCUUUGUCUGAUGAAUGGAUAAAUAAAGGUGGUAUAGCCAUACAAUGGAACAUUAUUUGGCCAUAGAAAAAAGUGAAUUUACUGAUAAUGCUACAUGAAAACGUCAUGUUAAAUAACAGAAGCCGGUCACAAAGUAGUACAUAUUAUAUGAUUCUCUUCAUCUGAAACCCAAAACAGAGAGAAAUUAACUUGGUGGCUACCUAGGGUGGAUUUUAGGGUGGGUAAAGAAAAUAGUGACUGCUAAUGUAUCCUAGAGUAAACUCCGGGAGUUGGUGAUGGACAGGAAGAUCUGGCGUGCUGUGAUUCAUGGGGUUGCAAAGAGUCAGACACGACUGUGUGACUGAACUGAACUGAGUAGAUACUAGGUUUAUUUUUGGAGUGAUAAAAAUGUUGAAAUAUUGAUUGUUAUGGUGGUUGCAAAAUUGUACACUAAAAACAAUUAUACACUGGGAUAGAUUGUACCAUAUUUAGAUUUUAUCUUAAUAAAAAAAUUUUUAAACAAGUAAAUGGAAAGAUAUCCUGUGUAUAUGGAUUAGAAGUCAGUACUACCUAAAGUGAUCUGCAGAUUCAGUGUGAUCCCUGAAUGACAAUUUUUGCAGGAAUAGGAUAACAGAUAAUGAAAUUUAUAUAGAAUCUCACUGGGCCCUGAAGAAGCAAGGACAAUCUUUACAAAGAGGAAAUAAAGUUGGAAAUCUCAUGCUGUUGAUUUCAAAAUAUAUUUCAAAACUACAGUAAUCAAAACAGUGUGCUGCUGGCAUAAAGAUAGACAUAGACAAAUGGAAUUAUAGAGCCCAGAAACAAACCCUUGAGUUGACUGUAUGGUGUAAUGAUUUUGAACUUGAAUGCCAAGACCACUGAAUGGGGAAAGGACAACCUCUUCAACAAAUGGUGUUGGGGAAACUGAAUAUUCACGUGCGAAAGAAUGAAGAUGGACCCUUACUGUAUCACCAUAAUACCUAAAAAUUUUAAUAACAGAUUAAAGACUUCAACCUAAAACCCAAAGUCUGUAGAAGAAAACACAGGAGUGAAGCCUUGGGACAUUUGAUUUGACGGUGAUUUCUUGGCUGUAACACCAAAAGCACAUGUGAAAAAACAAAAAUGGACAAGUUGGAAUUCGUGAAAAUCAAAAACUUACGUGUAUUAACAGACACAAAACAGGAUGAAAGGACAGUCUGCAAAACAACAAAAUAUUUGCUUAUCAUAACUGAUAAGAUGUUAAUAUAUUGAAUGUAUAAAGAAACCCAACAACUCAACAAAAUAACUCAGUAAACAAAAUAACUCAGUUUAGAAAAUGUCAUAGGACUCAAAUGGAUGUUUUUCCAAAAAUAAUAUACAGAUGGCCAAUAAGCACAUGAAAAAGUAUACUCAGCAUCAUUAUUCAGCAAGGGAAAAACAAAGUCAAAUGAGUUAGCACCUCAAACUAAUUAGGAUGGCUACUUUCAAAAUAAAAGGCAAAACAAAAUUUGUUGGAGAGGGUGUGGAGAAAUUGAAACAUUGCAUUGGUGGUGGAAACAUAAAAUAGUAUAGUUCCUAUGGGAAACAGUAUGGCAGUUACAAAACUAAAGAGCUAAAUGGCUCACAAUGGCUAAAAAGUGAAAACAACCCAAAAUGUCCAUUAUCAGAUGAAUGGAUAAACAAAAUGAUGGUGUAUAUGUGCAAUGGGAUAUUAUUCAACUUUCAAAAGGAAGAAGGACAUCUGUCACAUGCUACUACAUCGAUAGUCAAGAUAUGCUAAAUGAAAUGAGUCACUGAGACAUACAGUAUGAUUCCAGUUAUAUGAAGUACUAAAGUACUGAAGUGCAUAGAAACAAGAGUAGAGUGGUGGUUAUGGGGUAAGGGGAUAUGGGGAGCUAUUAAAUGGAUAGAAUUUCAAUUUUGCUUAAUAAAAAAAGUUUGGUAUCUGUUCCACAACAUGGUGAAUAUACUUAACACUACAGAACUAUACACUUAAAGAUGGUUAAGAUGGUAAAUUUUGUUAUUUGCUUUUGUUUUUUACCCCAAUUACAGGUGAAAAUUAUAAAAGAAACCCAGCCACUUAUCAAAUACAUAAAAAGUAAAGAAAAAAACUUUUGUACACAUAUUAAUAGCAGACAGAAUAAGCUUACAAAGUAGACUUGAAGACAAAAAGAAUUACUAGUGCUAGAGAUAAAUAAUGAUUAAAAGUGAAGAAAUUCAUCAGAAAAGUGUAACUUAAAAUUUGAUGUAUUUAAUGCAGAAUAUUCAAAUAUGUGAAGCAAAAAGUUAAUAUAACAAAUCCAGUCAUGGUGACUUAAUUUAUCUCCUGAGUAAAUAAGGAAUGUUCAAGUAAUUUAAAAAGAAUAAUUUGAUAAACAACUCUGUACCUAGCAACUGCAGAGUAUAGCAAAUUUUUAAGCAUAAUACAUAAAACAUAAUAAUGCAUAAAACAUUAGAAUUAAAAUAAUUUAGUGUUUAAUAAUAGAAAUAAAACCCUUUUUGUUUUGGAACAAAACUGUAUUUUAUAAAUAACUCACCAAGGAAGAAAUCAUAGUGAAAAUUAGAAAAUCUAAGUGGAAUGUUAGCGAAAUUUCAAAGGAGCACCUAGAGAGAUAAGACUUAAAUGGAAAUAUUAGGUAAAAAUGCUUGAAAUCAAUAAACCAAUCACCAUUAUUAUCUUUGCUGUAUAAAAAUUUCCCCCCAAGUCUCAAAGCCUUAAAAUAAAAAUUUCUCACACUGCUUGAUAGUGGCUGCUGCAACUGUGUGUGUGUGUGUUUGGUUCUUUUUGAUUGGUAUUCAUUCUGAAAGAGGAGCCCUUAUACAGCAUUUGCUCAUUCAUUCAUAUAGCAGAUGGGGUGGACAGGAGGAUGAGCUAAAGUGUACUAUUGUGUUCAAAAUUGCUGCUUUUGUGUGUUUUAUGUAUCUUUACUCACAUUCCACUGGCUAAGGCAAAUCACAUGGCUAAGUGUAUGGGUUGGAGUUGUAUAUGCUCAAAUGAGAUGAAAGACAAUUACAUGAUCCUUUACUCUAGGAAAUUCGGGCUGUGAACAAUAAUAUUAAUAGAAUCUACUAUAGCUUUUAUAAAGCUAAAAGUUAGAAAUUUCUCAUGAAGUUACAAAAAUUAUCGAAAUAAACUUCCAUAAGUUCAGUUCAGUCACUCAGUCAUGUCCAUCUCUGUGACCCUAUGGACUGCAGCAUGCCAGGCCUCCCUGUCCAUCACCAACUCCCAGAGUUUCAUGUCCAUCAAGUCGGUGAUGCC